AUGGACGUGUUGCAACAUGUUGCAACCUGUGAUUCUUCUACGCAGAUUUCCAAACGGCGUGCAUCUCGUCGUCGCAGUUCAGGCAAACGGUCCGACUCGGCCGAGUCCUCGGAGAGCGUGGACGGCAACAACCACACAGACCUGGACACCAGCACAGGCACGGACAGCAACUGUCGCGUGUCGCACAGGGCGCAAGUGGCGGAGCUGACGAGUCAGCAGCAGCACUUCGGCAGCUUCUACCUGCGCAUGGGAGCGGUUGCAUUCGGCAUCGGAAGCAUGAUCUACUCGGGACUGGAGUUUGGCCAGUACUUCGAGCUGGAGAGAGACACCAAGUGCCACAACGUGCUGCUGGCACUGACUCCGGCCACACGCAUGGCCUUCAUCUUCAUACAGAUGUACUUCAUCUUCCUCAACAAUGAGCAAAUGAAGGUGCACAAACACCGGGCUCUUGCCCGUUUCGGCCUCAUGCACAUGAUCGGCACCAACCUGUCUGUGUGGCUGAACGUGCUGAUACAGGAGACCAAGCACGAGAUACUCACAUUCUACGACCCGGAGAACAACACACUUGGGACACACCGUGUCGCCUUCAAAAUAGCGGCGACGGUGCUGCCUGCGGCCUCGCACUUCCACCAGAGAGUGGCCCGAGGGCUGAAGGGCCCGCACCUCAUAUACGAGUGCCGGCGCACCAACAUCAUGGGCACGCUGGUGCAGGACGCCAGUCCCUUCCUGUUCCCCUGCACCAUCGAGUACAGCCUCAUCUGCGCCGCCAUCCUCUACGUCAUGUGGAAGAACAUCAGCCGCCUGGCGCUGGCGGCUGGUCCCCGCGGCCUGGCAGACCCCGUGGUGCCCCCGCGCGCCGCCUACAAGAAGUCCCCGCACCUCUACUCCGUCGACUGCGCCGGCGCGCACAAGGGCCUGUUCGUCGGCAUCCUGGUGCUGGUGCUCACCAUCAUCUCGCUCAUCCUGUUCUUCGUGCUCAUCUCCAGGCCCGAGUUCGUCAGCCUGGCCGUCAUGGAGGUGAACAUAUGCGAGCUGACGCUGUACGCCAUGACGACCAUGGCCACGCUCGUGGGCAUGCUGCAGGUGCGCCAGCUCAAGUACGACGGCGGCCGCAACAUGGAGCUGGACAACAUCUUGCUGGUCGGGGCACAGACCGGCAUGUUCAUCUACGGCACGUUCACCAUCAUCGGAGGCCACUUCACCAUCGAGAAGAACACGGUGCUGGUGCUGAUCACCGCGCUGUCCUCGCUCGUGCAGACCACGUGCCAGACCAUGUUCGUGCUGGACGCCUCCCGGCGCUCGUGCGUCACGCCCGAGCAGAUCCGGCGCAAGCCGGGGCGCGAGCUGGUGACCUUCCUGCUGGUCACCAACCUGGCCAUGUGGGCCAUCAACACCCUGGAGAAGUCACGCGCCGAGUCGCACCCCAUCCAGCUGCACUUCUACGGCCUGUGGGCCUGGACCAUCAUCACGCACGUGUCCAUGCCGCUGGCCAUCUUCUACCGCUUCCACUCCACCGUGUGCCUCUGCGAGAUCUGGAAGCGGGCCUACAAGAUGAAGCCCACCUACAUGUAGCACCCCACCCCACAAAUACUCACUUCGUGCAAUAAGCUAUAUUCGGGCCACUAGCAAUACCAAUGUUUUUGUUACACGUUUUCCAACACAACUAAGAGCGACACUUUUCUUUGCAAAUGAAGCCGUUCCCAUCAUUAUAAAAGGUUUUGUAUACUAUUUAUUGCGUGUUAUGCCUGAGAAUAAUCAAUAGUGCUCUUUUUUUUAGAAUGUGUCAGCGAGGGCUUACAUUUUUUGGGUAGGCUUUGCUUGAAAAUCGUAUUUGAAAUGUUUCUUCUUUUAUAAUUGAUUUUAUAUAUCACUUUGGUAUGCUCUCUACACUUCAUGACAAAACAUUUAAAAACAGCAUUUAUCGAAAUAAUGUUUGUGGCGAUUUAUUAUAACACAUUUUUUACAGGAACUUGUAAAAGGAGUUUUUUUGUUUGUAUUAUAUUUUUGUGUCUAUGAUUAUAAUGUGAUGUGCCUGCUUUUUGAAUUUGAUUCAGACAAACAAAUUAUGUAGUCUAAGGGUAUUAAAACUUAAUAGUAUAUUAGUUUCUUUAAAAAUAAAUAUUAUAAACAUUAGCAUAUCACGUUGGUACUUGUAGAUUUCAAAUAUUUACAAAGUGAUAUUAUAUUCAUAUAUUUUAA